UCUAAGUGUAAUCAACAACAAUCCCAAAAUGUUAAUUGUUGUGCUAGUGAUUUUUGUAAUAAUUGUAGCCGCUUAUUGGCUUCUAAUAACACCAUUAAGUCAUUGGGAAAAGCGUGGUAUACCGUAUGUAAAAGGUUUACCAAUUGUGGGUAACUUUUUCUGGCAUACAAUGAAACAAACUACAUUCGGUGAUGAAUUAGUAAAAAUUUAUAAUACAUAUCCAGAAAAAAAGCUUUAUGGGAUGUUUAUGUUUAAUACACCAACAAUACUCGUUCGUGAUUUGGAUAUGCUGAAAAACAUUUUAAUCAAACAAUUUGAAUAUUUUGUUGAUCAUUCGAAUUCAUUAUUCCAAGAAGAUAUUAACCCAAUGUUAGAUAAAAAUUUAUUCUCUUUAAAAGGGAAUAAAUGGCGUGAUAUGAGAGCAACUCUUAGUCCAACAUUUACUGGAAGUAAAAUGCGUGGAAUGUUUCAAUUAAUAAACGAAGUUGGCGAACAAUUCGUGGAUUACUUCAAGAAUGAAAUUCAAACGAAAAAUAAUGGAAAACCAAUGAAUGUGGAAUUAAAAGAUAUUUUAACACGAUUCACAAACGACGUAAUUGCAUCGGCAGCAUUUGGAGUGAAAUGUGAUUCGUUGCGCGAUCGUAAUAAUGAAUUUUAUCGUAUGGGAGCAAAAGUAUCGAAUUUAUCAACAUGGCGAAUGUUUAUCAAUAAUUUUUGUCCAAAACUUGCUAAGUUUUUUCGUAUUGGAUUAAUUCCCAACGAAGUUUGCGAUUAUUUACGAAAUAUUGUAAUUGAAACGAUUAAAAUGCGUGAACGUGAAAAUAUUGUCCGUCCAGAUAUGUUACAACUAUUAUUAGAUGCGAAAAAUGGGACAAUAAAACAGGAUAAACAAAAAAUAGAAACAGAUAAUAGUUUUGCUGCUGUGGAAGAAUCAAAUUAUACACAAAUAAAAAAAAGAAUUUAUUUGGACGAAGAUGAUGUAGCAGCUCAAGCUUUUGUAUUUUUUAUGGGUGGAUUUGAUACCGUUUCAAUUGCAAUGUGUUUUAGUGUGUAUGAAUUAGCCUUACAUCCUGAAUUACAAGAACGCCUCUACUUAGAAAAUGAGCAAGUUUUAAGUGAAAAUAAUGGAAAACUUACAUACGAUGUUCUAAAUAAAAUGAAAUAUUUAGAUAUGGUUAUUUCAGAAACUUUACGUAAAUAUCCACCACCAAUAUUUUUGGAUCGAAUCUGUGAUAAACCAUAUACUGUACAAGUUGAUGGGAAAGAAAUUACAUUGGAAAAAGGAACAAUUUUAACUAUACCCUUGUAUGCAAUGCAUACUGAUCCAAAUUACUUCCCAGAACCAGAAAAAUUUGAUCCCGAUCGAUUUAGUGAUGAAAAUGCGGAUAAAAUUGUUCCACUCACUUAUAUACCUUUUGGAUCUGGACCUAGAAAUUGUAUUGCAUCGAGAUUUGCAUUAAUGGAAGCAAAAACUGCUGUAUAUUUUAUGGUAAAACAUUUUGAAAUUCUUCCAAAUGAAAAAUCAAUUAUUCCUCCGAGAAUAACAACGAAACGAAUAAAUGUAACGAUGGAAGAUGGAUUUCAUGUUACUUUAAAACCAAGAAAUCAAGGUUUUAUAUAAUAA